AUCCAAUGCAAUUCCAGACCUGUAAUGACUCCAAAAGGACUAGGAAGACUCGAUAAAGACUUGAAAACCAAUUUAAAAGCAUAUAUACAAGAUGUAUAAAACACCAUAUAUCACAGAGCUUUAUCCUCCGAGCUCGAGUGCUUAAACUUUACAGGCACGCAUUGAAGAUAGCUCAUAGAGCUCCUCCUCAGUUUAGAGGGGAAUUGAAACAAAGUAUAAGGCAAGAGAUGGAAAAAAACAGUGAGUGCAAGGACAAGCAAAAGAUCAGGUAUCUGAUUAGUGAAGGAUUGGAGAGGAUUAAACAACUUGAUGAGAUGUUGGACAUGCAAGGCCAUUGAUAUUUGAUUUGUCCUUUUGUAAUGUGUUGUUGUUUCUGAGAUCAAACAUCUUGUCUGAUUAUCACAAAAAAAAAAGUAAAGUAAAGUACAAUGAACAUGUUCGUUUUUUCCCAAAUUGUUAUAUUAUUAAAAAUAGGGCCAAGCCCACAGAACAUAAAAACCUAAAACAAAAGCCCAAUGGAACCAUGGGUUACUAGUUUUACUGCCGAAGCCCAAAUGACAUGAAAAAUGGCCUACGGCCCACAAAAAGGAAAACCGGGCAGCUUGCCCGAUACGCGAGACAAGGAGGCAGGGGAUCGAGCCACGUGUAGAGAUCUGGAGCAUCAGUGAGACACGCGUCGCCCGCCUCGACUUGAUCGCGACCGCGACCCAAAACCGCCGGGACAUUCACCGACAACCAUCUCUUCGCCGGAGCUCAAAUACCGACAAGCCUCCGACGAAAACCUCACCGUUCUUCACCGCUCUAUCUUCAUGUUCGUUUGAUGCUUGGAUAGUUUUAAUACCUGAAAAAAUCAAGUGUAACAAAUAAGUCUAGGUGAUGAUAACAAUGAUGUACUUUUUACUAAUAAAAUCUCUUACCAAACAGACCCACUUGCUAAUAAGACAGCUUGUUUGAGUCCAAUGUCAGAAUCAUAUUCUGCUCCACUCGUUAUAGAUAAUAUUAUUUAUUUCAUUUGUAACACAUUGAUCUCUCGUUAUAUCAAUAAUGGGGCCUAUGCCUUAAGGUCUUUAUUUCUUCAUCAAUGGCCAUCAAGGUGACCAAAACCUCCCGAGUCAACCCAGCAACAAACUCGUCUCAUGACUCACUUCUUCUCCCACUCACCUUCUUCGACUUACGGUGGAUAAAGUUCCACCCCACCGAGAGAGUCCUCUUCUACAAACUCCACAAACACAGCUCCUACCACUCCCUAAUCCUCCCAAAACUCGAGCACUCUCUCUCCACCGUCCUCCACCACUACCUCCCGCUCGUAGGCCGCCUCAGAUGGGACCCACAAGAUCCCAAACCACACAUCCUCGUCCUCCCAAACGACUACGUCACGCUGAUAGUCGCGGAGAGCGACGCUGACUUCUCCCUUCUCUCCAGGAAAGGGACACGUCCCGAGACGGAGAUACGUUCUUUAGUUCCAGAGCUUCCGGCUUCUCGCGACGACUCGGUCUUCGUUCUUGCUCUGCAAGUAACACUGUUCCCGAACCAAGGCUUCUCCAUCGGGGUAACAGCUCAUCACUCCGCUAUGGACGGUAGAUCAAUGUCUAUGUUUGUAAGAUCAUGGGCUCACGUAUGCAAACAUGGAACCAUAGGGGAGUUAACUCCAUGUCUAGACCGCACCGUCAUCAACGUUCCCGCUAGUCUUGACGCGAGAAUCUUGGAGGUAGUGUCGUAUUUUUCAGAAGACAAAACCAGCUCGAGAUCACUUAAGCUGCCUCCUAGUGAGGAGAUUAGUCCAGACACGGUCAGGAUCACGCUCGAGUUGACUCGGGAGAACGUUGAAAAACUUAAGGAGCGAGCUAAAAACGAGUCGACUCGGUCUCACCUUCACUUGUCAACGUUUGUUGUCGCCAACGCCUAUCUUUGGUCGUGUUUGGUGAAAGCGCGUGGAGGGGACGCGGAUAGACCGGUUCGGUUCAUGUACGCAGCUGAUUUCAGGAACCGGUUGGGUAGUCCGGUUCCGGAGAGUUACUUCGGGAGCUGCGUGUUGUCGGUUGGGUGUUUCGGACACAAAGCGGGAGUUGUGUCGGGAGAAGAUGGAUUUGUCAAUGCGGUGGAGAUUAUUAGUGAUUCGGUUAGAGGUGUUGGUUCGCUUGAUGUUGAAGCGCUUUGCGAGUUGUAUAUUGAUGGGACGAUGAGGGUUGAACCGGGUACGCAGACUGUGUCGAUUGUUGGGUCGAACCGGUUUGGGUUAUACCAGUCGGAUUUUGGGUGGGGGAAACCUGUGGCUUGUGAGACAGUGUCUAUUGACAGGAAUGAGGCGUUUUCUAUGUCUGAGAGGAGGGAUGAGUCUGGUGGCGUGGAGAUUGGUUUGUGUUUGAAGAAGUGUGAGAUGGAUUUGUUUAUUGAUCUAUUUCAAAAUGGUUUGUAAAAUUAAAACACUUUAUUUUUGGGUUUUGAUAAUUGGCUAGAAGCUUAAACAUUUUAUAUCAUUGCCUGCAACUGCAACCUUGCAAAGUUUGGGGCCUUGGGGUCUCACUAAUUUUUAUGUUUUGAUAAUGGUUGUUAAAUGAAAAGUAGAAUUGUGUGAUAAUAA